AGGAAAUUAAAAAAAAUAAUCAAAAAGAUCAAGAAAUGAUGAAAACUAAUGAAAAAGAAGUUAUUCAAGCAAUUUGGCCUAGUGGUGAUAAUGAAAAAUCUAAUACAGAAACUAGUCAAGAAGACAAAAGUAUUGUCAAACCUAUAUAUAAACCACCUCAUUUACGUUCCAAGAAACCACUGAAAAAGAUAGAAAUUGAAGAAGUGUUAAGUGAUAGUGAUGAAAGUGUAGAAGAAAAUUCAACUACAUCUCCUAAUUCAUUAACAAAUAAUUCUACAACUAAAAAUUCUAACACAUCCAUCCCUGAAACAACAAAAUACAUUAGGAAAGAAUUACCAUCAAUUCCAUCUAAACCACAAACAGCUUAUCAAUUCUAUGCACAUUGGCAAACACUUCGAAAUUAUCCAGAUUUACAAUAUAAAUAUUUAAAGAAAUUAUCUCCUGAGCUCAUUCCAAAGUUAUUUCAUCAGUCAAUGGAAAUGGAUAUAUUUUCAAAUGUAAUUAUGAUUCUUAAUGAUCAUCUUAAUGAGAAUGAAGAUUCAUUUUUAUAUUUAAAAAAUUUGACUCAAGUUGGAAGAUUCAAAACUUUAGCCAUGUUUUUAUCUUCAAGUGAGAAAAAAGCAAUAUCUGAAAUAGUAGAAUUUGCCAUCUCAUCAAGGAAAUAUACUGACGAAGAAAUAAAUUCAGUUAAGAAUUCAUAUGAAAUAUAAGAAGUAUAUAGUUUUUAUUUGUAUACAAGUAUUUAUUUCAAUUGUUAUUCAUAUUGUUUGUGUUAGUUAAAAAUAUCUGUUUAUAAAAAGCAAUGUA